AUCCGACCCGGAAGCGCACGUGGGGCUCGCAACAUCGCGGCCGGCCGCCCACAGCACCACCCGGGCGCAGCAAUUCGUCGAGCAGCUGCCGCGCGCGCUUACUCUCCUGCGGCUGCGGGCACCGGGCCACCAGGGCACCAUGGCGUCCACCGCGCGUGCUCUGGGGGCGCUCCUCCACAGGGCCUCGUUCCUGUCCUCCUCCGCUUCCGCUCUCCGGGGAGCGUCGCUCCUCCGCGGGGAUCGACCUAUUGGCCUGUUCCGGAGGCAUGCGGCGAGGCGGCGGAUUUCGUCAUUCCAGCCGCUCUGCAUGGGACGACGCUCCUGCAAAAUCGCUGGAAGGAAGGAUGCCCAGAAUUUGAAGAAGAUGAAGCGCAACAGCAAAAUUGGAAAAGAAAUUGUUGCAGCCAUCAAGAAGGGUGGCCCAAAUCCUUCAUCCAACACAACUUUAGCAGCUAUACUGGAGAAAGCAAGGGAACUUGAUGUCCCUAAUGAAAUUUUGGAGCGCAACAUCAAAAGGGCAUCAGAAAAAGGACAAGAUACUUACACUGAAAAGGUUUAUGAGGUCUAUGGUUUUGGUGGAGUAGGUAUGGUCGUUGAAGUUCUAACUGACAAAAUUACAAGAUCAGUUGCUGACAUUAGAAAUGUGGUAAAAGACUGCGGAGCAAAAUUGGCUGAUCCUGGAUCUGUUACUUUUAGAUUCAGACAAGCUCGAGUGGUGAACAUAAAAGUUACUGAUGCAGAUAAGGACCAACUGCUCACCAUUGCGUUAGAUGCUGGUGCUGAUGACGUCCUUGAACCAAAUUUUGAUGAUGACGACUCUGAAGAAGAAGCAGAAAGGUUCUACAAGAUAGUUACUACAUCAGAAAACUAUCCAGUUGUGCUAUCUAAGCUACAAGAAGAAGGAUUGAAGUUUGAAACUGAUAAUGGCUACGAACUUCUUCCUCUGAACCCAAUUGAGGUCGACGACGAGGCCAUGGAACUAAACAAGGAACUUGUUUCAAAAUUGCUAGAGCUUGAUGACGUUGACGCCGUCUACGCAGACCAAAAAUGAGUGAACUCAUGAGCUACAGCUCUCAAUUCAAGACACGCUUAGCCCAUGGGUCUUUGUUGGAGUAUAUUUACUUUACAUUGAUAGGAAAAAAAAUUGAUAGGUCUGCUUAUGAUGCCUGGUUACAUUGGUUCUAAGUUCCCAAAAACUUGAGUUAGUGAUCUAGCAUUUUUUUAAGACAGAUCAGUUUAUACCUUGGGUUUUUGCCCAGCCCAUCCUGUUGGGAAACUUAUCAGCGUCUGCUAUAUUCUCAGAAAGCAGAUCUGAGAUGUGAGAAGCCAUUAUAAAAUAAUACGAUGAUGCCUAUCAAUUUGUUGGUAUUUGGUAAAGCGUUGAAAUGAAAAUGCUUUGGCUCUCUGAAA